AUGCGUUAUACCGUAUUUAUUGUUGAUCUUCUUAUUUACUAUCCAGCUGUUUUCUAUACUUAUCGUUCUGAUUUACUUAAUAAGAAUGUUGACACAAAAAAAUUUACUGUUUUAUUAACUAAUCUAUUUUAUCCUCUAUUGAUUUUAAUUGAUCAUGGUCAUUUUCAAUUUAAUUCCGUAAGUCUUGGUUUAGCAUUAAUUGCAUUUGUAAUGGCUACAAAAGAAAAAACAAUUUUACUCUCCGCUAUUUUCUUUACAUUAUCACUUAAUUAUAAACAAAUGGAACUGUAUCAUGCUGUACCGAUAUUUGUCUAUUUAUUAUCAGCAUAUUGUUUUGAACAAAGAAAACUCAAAUUGAAAACAUUUUUAUCAUUGGGUUUCGUUGUUAUUUUGACAUUUUUUAUCAUAUGGUUUCCUGUAUUAAAACAUGAUCCAAUGGCUGUGAUGAAACGACUUUUUCCAUUUGAACGAGGUUUAUAUGAAGAUAAAGUCGCUAAUUUUUGGUGUACACUUAAUUUAAUUGUUAAACUUCGAACAAGAUUUGAUCAUGGAACAUUAGCUAAAUUAUGUUUAUUGACAACUUCAUUGAGUAUUUUACCAUCAUGUUGUAUGCUUUUUCGUCGACCAACUGUUCGAAAUUUUUAUAUUAGUCUUUUUAAUGUUUCACUUUGUUUUUAUCUAUUCUCAUUUCAAGUUCAUGAAAAAACAAUUUUACUAUCAUGUUUACCGGUGAUAUUACUUUCAGCAACAUAUCCAGUUGAAUCUUUUACUUUUCUACAAUUUGCUAUGAUUAGUGCUUUUCCUUUAAUGAUUAAAGAUAAUCUAGUAUUUAUCUUUUGGAUAACAUUCAUUGGUUUCUCAAUUCUUGCUUUCCAACGAUUAUACAUUCAUUUCAAUCAUAUAUCAUUAUUACAAUUAUUAUUUUCAAUACUAUGUAUAACAACAACAUUGCCUUUAUUAAUUGCUGCUAUUUAUGUUAAACCACCAUCACGUUAUCCGGAUUUAUGGGUUGUUCUUAUUAGUGCUUGUUCAUGUAUUUAUUUCUUGAUAACACUUGCUCAAUUUCAUAUAUAUCAAUUCAAAGAAACAAUCUCAUAUAUAAAGAAAACUAAUUAA